CAUGUCCACCUCCAUCCAGUCUUCUGUCACAGUUAUUGAGGGCCCAGCAUGUGCCAUGUGCUAAGCUGGAUACUGGGCGUUCAGUGGUGAACAGAGAAGUCGUGGUCUCAAGGAGGGGUGUCUGUUUCAACAGAACGGCCCAAACAACUUCAUCUGCUUUUGCUUCAGGUGUGUUAGUUACUGCCAAGAGUUUGUAGGUGUUUAGGAGCCUCGUGAAGCUUGGAAAGCUCUGGAAAGCUCUGGCUCUUCUCUGCUCCCUAUGGAGCCUGGCCCUUGAUUGGCCUUGAAUGCGAAGCUGGGUCCUCAAAGUGCUACUGUCAGCACUCUCCAGAUGAGUACUCUGCACGGGGAGGGGCCAGGGUGUGGGGCCCUCUGAAGGCUGUGUCAUCCCCGGCUCCAGCCACAGAGGUUACAUCACGAAGGGAAGCUGAGCUGUCAGCAUGUUGCUAGGCUGUGGUUAUUUAUUUUUAUAAAUGAGACUUGUGCUUAAUUUAGAAAUCUGCUUUUGCUUUUUCUUUCUUUUUUCCAGCAUCAUCUGGCUGUCUGGCACCACCAGAGAACUGCAUUUUUGACCCAACAAGAGCUCGUGGGUGGAUGGGGGCAGGAAGGAGGUUGGGGAAAGGACUGAUGCCAGCCUGGCUGCCUCAUGGGGAGCUAGACACACAUGGCCAUGCCAUUAGCCUCCUGUUCGGCUUCUAGACGGGUUUCAUCUGGGAGACCUACAUAGUCCUUGCUUGGAACAACACAGUAUAAAGCUGCCCUGGUGCUAACUCGUCUUCUGAAUAACCACACACUGAAAUACAGCAGAACAGAAGACGGGGCCACAAAGAAGAGGACCACAGUCAGGUGCCAGAAGCAGGUGACAUCUAG